UUCCCCUUACGUCUCUCAACACAGUGGCUGCAGCUCGCCUUUUCACUCCAGUCACUGCACUGUGAAUCCUCCACAUCCCUCCCACUGCCUUCAGCGUCUGGCCAGAGAUGCGUUCUCCUUGAGGUGCUGCCGGCAUCCCCCACCAAAACCCACUGGGUGCAGAGGAGUGGGGAUGCUGAGUCCCAGCCUCCCAGAGGACUCCUGAUCCCGACACUGCCAUAGCAACCACUUCCACUGCUCCCUUGAUAAGGGAGAAGCAGUGCUCGCGUAACCCAGCUCGGGACAUUGGAAUUCCAGACAGCCCCAGCGCUGAAUUGCAAUCUGUAUCUGCCACCACUCCUUUCAAAGGGAGAAAAAAAAAACACUUCAAUGAUGUCAACAGAAUGUGUUCAGCCACUUGAUAUCCCAGAAGACAGACUGGACAAGCGAGAUUCACACUGCAACCAUUUAGAAGAUCUUUCAGAACAGCUGAUUAAGAGCUGUGAUCUCAAAAAGAAACCAAGAAAAGGUAAAACUAUCCAGCCAUCCCAAAACACUGAACAGGAGCAAAAAAAGCCAAGGAGAAAAGACACACCAGCUAUACACACCCCACCACCCCUAACAGGCAUACUUUCAGACUUCUCUGAUAAUCUGCUGAAAAGGUAUGGUAUCUCAGAGAAGCCACAGAGAGAGAGAGUGAGUCAAGGCUCUCAGAUCACCGAACUGGAGCAGAAAAAGCCUAGGAGAAAAGAUACACCUGCAAUACACAUCCCACCUUUGAUAAUAGGCACAAAGCUGCUAACAGAAGAAAAGCAAACGGCAAUUAUGGAGGAUGAAGAAAAGGAUGGAGACACAAUCCCCAGUUAAGAUUACAGUGAUAUUUCCAGUAUAGCAAUGUAAAUAAUUCUGGGUCAUUCAAAGUGGCAGUACGUAGAAAAAGAAGUCCUUUCAUUUUUACAAAUAGUAAUUUUUUGAAGCAUGCACUUGAAUUUAAUUUAUCCUCAAGUGCUUCUCUGCAUCUCAUGAAAUCCCAGCAAGCAUUACAGGAGAUGACAGAAAAUUCACCAAGAUGUGGGGCUGGAAGGAUUCCCUUGGUUUACUAAAGCAGCUUCCCAGGAUUUUUGUCUUCAAGGGAUCCACCUGAGACUACAUCUAGUACCUUGUAGUGUGGUGGUAAGAGUUGACACAAAGACCCCACCAGUCUGGGGAAGCUGGCACUAGAUAACAGGGUGUCGGUAAAUGCAUAAUACCACCAGAUAUCACAGGGUAGUCAAGUAUCCACUAAAGGUUCAAAUUCCAUUUUUCUUCUGACAUCUCAUCUCGUUCGUACAGCUUUCCUUCACUGGAACAGUGCUGAUCACAGCAAGUUUCCAUACACAGGACUGAUGUGAUCAAUGUUCCUGAAACGCAAAGCAAACACUUAUUGGGCCUGUAUCUGUUCAUGCCUGGUGUUUGAGAGGAGAAAAGGGUAGAUUUCUGUCAUAGAAGAGCUUACAGCUAUGGGCUGUCGUCACUGGCACAUCAAACAGAACUGACGACAGAGCAAGAAAGAAAACAAAGAGAAACUUUUGGGAAGAGCAACAUUUGCCUAUUACAGUGGUAUAGGCUGUUGAUUUCUUUUUUUCUCAAAGGUGUUAUUCCUGGAUUGCUGAAAGCCAAAUUAGUUGGAAAGCUGAUCCUUUUACUCACCUUUUAUGUAUAUAAAAAAUAAAUAUAUGUAUAUAAAUAUGAGGUUUUUCAGCUCAGUCCUAGGAGGGGCUGUAAGGAUUAAAAAUCACAAGAUGGACUGAGUAAAAUAAAUAGCAUUACUCUAUGUUAGAUACGUAAUGCAAGAUAAAACAGCAUCAUACUUCUUAAAAAUAAUUUAAUUAAGUGAUUAAACUAAUACAUGUUUUUACAGCCAGCUACACACUUCAACAUUUGUACAGAGAUGGGUACUUGUAGAAUAUUAUACCAAAUACUUAGGGCUGGAUAGCUUUGUGCUUACCUUAAUAGCUCUGUACACUAGAUGAAGCAGCAACAUCAGUGGACCCUUAGGGACCUCAGUGCACAAAUUAGAGAUUACCUAGGCUGGCAGACUGCAUCCAGUUAUAUGUUUAACACCCAUAGGCAGGCAGCUGAUGAGUACACUUGUCUGGACUUCAUUUGCCACAGUGACUGACCCAGCAUCUUUCAUCCCAUUCACAGAUGUUCAGCUUCAAGAUGUAACCAACAAGCUUUUAAUAAAAUAUGGUAUAUUAAAGCAUGCUA